AUGUCUGCACACUUUCAAGAACCUGAGGCAACAAAGGUUGAACACGGUACUAAUAACGGCCUAACAAACGGAGAUGGGAACGAUAAGUUCACGCUCGGAAAGUUCUGUAUCGACGAGGCGCGGCCAAUCAAGGUCAUUGUAAUUGGAGCUGGUUACAGUGGUACUGACUUGCACACUCAAUUUAGAUACCUUCAACGAGUGCCUAAUAUGACCUUGACUAUAUACGAAGCUGAACAAAGCGUCGGUGGAACCUGGCUCGUAAACAAAUAUCCUGGAUUGAAAUGCGAUAUACCCUCACAUUGUUAUCAACUCACAUUCGAGGAGAAUCCCAACUGGUCGUCCUUCUACGCCUCCGGUCCUGAAAUUCGUGCUUACCUUGAAGCCGUCGUCGACAAAUACAAGCUGAUGCCAUAUAUCAGAACCCAACAUCGAAUGACCAAAGCACGAUACUCCGAGCCAGAUGGUAAAUGGAUCAUUACUAUUCGACGGCCCGUAGAACCAAACUCGAACGAAACGGCCACACAAUUUGAAGAAUUCGAGGACAUUUGCGAUGUCUUGUUCACCGGAAUGGGAGAUCUUAGCAGAUGGAACUGGCCGGAAAUCCCAGGCCUGAAAGAAUUCCAAGGCAAAGUGAUCCAUAGCGCACGGUGGGAGACAGGAGAAGGCGGUCCUGAUGCUGCUUGGGAAGACACGGUUCAUAGUUGGGGAAAUAAAAGAGUCGGUGUUAUUGGCGUUGGAUCUUCGGCGAUACAGAUCGUUCCUGCCAUUCAGCCAAAGGUGGCCCGAGUGGUGAACUAUGUUCGCGGAAAGACGUGGAUAUCCUCCAUUUUUGUACAGGAGCCCCUCAUCAAAUUGUCCGGGAGAAAAGACGCGGAGAAUUAUGAUUUCACUGAAGAAGACAAACAGAGAUUCCAAGAUCCUGUUUACUACAAGAAAUUUAGGCGAGAACUUGAAUCAGGGUUGAACGAUGCUCACGCCGCCACGAUUCGGGGCAAUCCCCUUCAAGACAUAGCGAAGGCGGCAUUCAAAGAAAUCAUGGUCCAACGAUUGGCGAAGAAGCCAUGGAUUGCAGAUCAUAUAAUUCCGGACUUCGGAGUCGCGUGUCGACGGCUGACACCAGGACCUGGAUACUUGGAAGCGCUCUGUGAAGACAACGUCGACUUCGUUCCUUCACCUAUCAAGACAAUUACACCAACAGGCAUCGAAACCGAGGAUGGAGAUCACAAAGAACUGGAUGUCAUUGUAUGUGCCACAGGAUUCGAUACAUCUUGGCGCCUUCCCUUCAUUGGGCGAAAUGGGACCAACCUUUCUGACAAGUUCGCUUCUCAACCAAAAUCAUACCUCUCCAUAGCCAUCGACGGAUUCCCAAACUGGUUCCAAGCUUUAGGUCCAAACAGUGGCGUUGGGGCUGGCUCGCUUUUACUGUUGAUGGAACGACAGGUUGAUUAUGCUGUUGCAGCAACCUUGAAAUUACAGAGAGAAAGGUUGAAGAGCAUUGAGGUUAAAUCCGAGGCCGUAGAUGACUUUGAUGAGUAUUUGAUGGUCAGUAAUCCGCAGACCGUAUUCGGAGAAAAAUGCAGAUCAUGGUAUAAAGCUGGGAAAGAGGAGGGACGCGUCUCUGCGCUGUGGCCAGGCUCUCCUUUACAUGCGGCUAUGGCCCUGAAGCAUCCUCGCUGGGAAGACUUCAACUAUGAACGCUUAGACUCGCGAAUACGAAACCGGCUUCACUGGUUUGGAGAUGGCAAUACCGUCGCAGAUAAGACGCCAGGAAGUGACAAAACCUGGUACCUCAGCGACGAUGAAAUAGACUAUCCGCCCAGUAAGUAUACAGGUAGAGUCAUCAGAGUAGUUAACUGA